AUCAAAUCUAUUAACAUUAAAUUAUCAUCAUCAGAUUCUUUACCUAUUUACAUUAAUGAUUCACUUAAACAAUCAACUGAGUCACCUCAACCAGCUCAAAAGAAGUCAAAAUCUUCAUCAAACAAGAAAUCUAAAGAUCAAAUUAUUGGUAAAAAGAAAGUUUAACUUAUUUAUUUAUUAUACAUUUCUUAUCUUAACUUCUUUUCAUUGAAAAAGUUUCUCAAAUGACUUGACUGCCAAUAACAGGCAGCCGCUACUACAAUCAUUUGUAUAAUUGACCAUGUUAUUGUUCUUUUAUUUGUUGAAUCGCUUAUGUCUCUGAAUUCUACCUCCCUUUCCCUUUGAAAUUCUUGCUCUUUACGUACAUCGUUUAACUUUGCAUUCAAAUCUCUAACCCUAUUUGUUAAUGUCUGUAAAUGAUUUAAAUCUGCUGAUUCGUCAUGCUUAACGGCACCUAUCGCUAUAUCUAAGUGAAUCCUUAAAGUUGGUUUGCCUUUAUACCAACUAACGUUUGAACUAUUGGUGGAUAAACAAACAGUAUGAUCACCGGCUAAAUGACUAGUAAAAGUGAAUGAUCCAAUUGAAGGUCCUUUACUAUUGACAACAGGAUGUUUCUCCUCUGUUUCUUCAACUUGAAUCAGAACACCAAGGCUAUUAGCAGUAACCCAUUCCCUCUUAUCUUGAUCAUACUCUUCUGCUUUAUAUUUACCACUAACUAAGGUAUCAGCUGGCACUUCCUCUAAAAAGCAUCUACGGUCAUUACUUUCCAUAUAAAAGUGUAAACAUUGAGUGAACUCUAUUAAAAUUAAUAAUAUUAAUAAAACAUUGAAUUGCUUCAUCGUCGUUAAUUCUCAAAAGAGUUCCUUCUUGAUCUUCUAACGUCAAGAUGGGUUCAAUUUAUUAUAAAUUUAAAUCUUCAAAGAACUCAUCGAGAGUUAACAUUGAUGGUACUUCUUUAUCUGUCUUCGAUUUAAAGAGAGAAAUUCUACUAUCUAAUCGUAUGGCAAUAAAUAAAGGAAACGAUUUUGAUCUGGUUUUAUUAAGGGAUACACCCGGACAAGAAGAAUAUCAUGAUGAUAAUGAAAUGAUUCCACGUUCAACAAGCGUUAUAGUUAAGAGGUCUCCACCUAAAAUUGCUAAUAGAGGUACGGCAGCUAAAUACAUUGCUGAUGCUCCUUUACUAUCUGCAAAUGAAUCAAAUCCGUUAUCAAAUAUACCGAAACCUCCUUUAGCUAGUAUGUCUAAAAGGUUUGACGGUAAGGAUGAUAGUAGACCACAACAGCAGUUGAUGCAAUCUGUGAGUGCUUUUGAAUUAAAUCUGUUCACUCCUCAACCUUUACAGUCUGAAAAUAAUAAUCAAGGUUCAGAACAAGAUGCUAUUUCUGCUAUGUUUGCUGCAUCUGAACAGCAAUGGGAAGAAACUCAACAACACAUGUCUAUGGCAACUCCUGUAUAUAAUGUGAGGCCACCUGUACGUAGACCUGCGCCAGCAUCAACAUCAAACGGUGACAACACAACAUCAAACCCAUCAUCCGUACCUACUCAACAACUUCAAUCUCAAGCACAAAUGUCCUCAUUCACAAGUACAAUGCCUACCCCACCUGGAUACGUUUGUUAUAGAUGUGGAGAAAAAGGCCAUUGGAUACAAGAUUGCCCAACAAACGGAGAUCCGAAUUAUGAAAAUAAACCAAGGUUUAAGAGAACCACAGGUAUACCGAAGUCAUUUUUGAAAACUGUAGAUGCAACAACAGCAGCAUCAAUAACAAAUAAUGGUUCAAAUGCAGCAGGUGUAAUGAUUACGCCUGAUGGGAGUCAUGUUAUAGCAACUCCUGAUAUAGCAACUUGGGAAAAAUCUAGAGCUAUAAAACCAGUUGCAUUAACUGUUAAUGAUAUUAGGGAAAGUGAACCGUCUGAUGCAAAUCUCAAAUGUGAUCUAUCUGGUAAAUUAAUAAGUAAUCCAAUUAUAUUACCAUGCUGCAAAAAAUCAUACUCAGAAGAAUAUAUAAACCAAUACCUAAUCGAAAACGACUUUUUCUGUCCAAAUUGUCAUUCAAAUGUUGGUAGUCUAGUUAACUUAUCACCAAAUCCACCUUUGAAAGAAAAAGUGGUAGAAUAUAUCAGUCAGCAACUAUCUUUAGAUAGACAAAAGAAAGAUGAAGAAGCAAAAAAGAAUAACCAAACCGAUACAAAGGAUGAAGUUGAACACACUAAUAAGAAAGGUUUAUUUGAAGAUGAGAUAAAUAAAAUCAAUAAACUCAUAAGUGAUUGUCAAUUUGCUAUAAUGGCUAUAGUUGAAGCUUUAAAUAAUAAAGAUCUUGAUGAUAAAUUGAAAUUUAGAUUCCAGACUCAAUUAGUACAGCUAAACCAAAUCUUAAACCUGCAUCAAGGUCAAGUAAUGAUGAUGAUGAAUGGAAUGGAUCCUAAGGUGUUCGGUAUGCCACUGCUUCCUGAAUUGGGUAGAGUGGAUCAAAACCAACAAAUCAACAUAGAUGAACCAUUGACGAAUAAAAAAAGAUCUAGUGCUGAUGACGAUUAUAAUAACAGCAGGCCAUCGAAA